AUGGGAAAGAAAGACCAAGGGAGUCAAAAGGUUCAGAGAUCACAGUUGCAGGCACUUCGAAGGGAAUUCGAAGUUCCGAAGAUGAAGGAGAGUGAGACGAUUACAAAUUACUUUGGUCGCGUAAUGUGUGUUGCGAACAAUAUGCGUAACAAUGGAGAAAUUCUGAAAGACAAUCAGAUUUUUGAAAAAAUACUACGCACUCUCACUGAGAGAUUCAUCUACAUCAUAGUAUCAAUCAAAGAGGCAAAGAAUAUAGACCGUCUAAGCAUGGAUGAGCUCCACAGUUACUUAAUCAUGCAUGAUCAGAAAUUCCGAAGGAAAGUAAAAGAGGAAGAACAUAUAUUAAAGUACGAAUGUCCUGAAUGGGAGAACAAAGCAAACUUUGCAGAGUUUGAUAAUGAUGAUGAAGUAAUGUUGAUGGCUUACAUGGAAGAUAAGGCAAUGAGAAGUGAAGUAUGGGUCCUUGAUUCGAGAUGUAGUAACCACAUGAGCGAUAAUCAAGAAUGGUUCCCAGAUCAGACUUCAAGCACACUAUGA